AUGGCUUCUAUAGCAGAGAACGGAGUAGAGCAUCCUUCGGGCCAACUCAUAGUGCAUGCUAUCGAAGAGAAGGCGACAUGGAUACCAAACAACAUGUUCAUGAGAUACGCGUUGGAAGACUGGGAGCAGGAUGGUUACAAAACAAUUACGUGGAAGCAGUAUGCCAACGCCAUCGACAAGAUGGCUUUUUGGUUUGACGAACAGCUCGAAAAGGUGGUAGAUCGCGAAACGGUUGCUUACUUUGGGCCGAACGAUCCCCGAUAUGCCAUCCUGGUACCAGCGAUUGCUAAAAAUGGACGCAAGUUGCUGGUUCCAGAUGGCCGUGUGACCAACGAGGGGCUGGCGGGGUUGGUGGCGUUGACCAACUGCAAAGUUUGGCUCUAUGCAACGGACAAUGCUGCAGGACCAUUGGUUAAACCGGAGUCGAGCUUGAAAUUAUGUGCAGUGCCGUCAUUGGAGUGGAUGCUCGACAAUGAAGGGCAGGAGCGCUACCCAUAUGAGACAACCUUUGAAAGGGCCAAGUGGGAUGAGAUAGUCAUCAUCCAUACAUCCGGUACUACUGGCGAUCCUAAACCCAUCUUUCAUACCAACGGGAUGUGGUCCGCGCUGAGAAACGUACCCAUACUGAGCCGAAGACACUGGCCUCGGGGCAUCGUGUAUGAAAGCUGGAUCGGAAAGACAGCUCUCAAUCCUUGUCCACCGCAAUGGGUUGCCGGCCUGCAUGCGAUGAUCAUGGCGCCAGUGUUUCUCGAUGCUCCAUGUGUGAUGAUGCCCAGAGGCGAAGUUACCCUGACUCCCGCCCUGUUCAAGAAGAUUACCUCGAUGAACAAGAUCGAUGGCAUGAAGUGUCCACCUUUUACUAUUGCCGGCCUCUACGAAGAUCCAGCAACCAGAGAGAUUUUGAAAUCGCUGGAGUUCGUCGUGUACAUGGGCGCACCCUUGGACCGAGCGAUUGGGGACGACCUCUGUCAGCAUACGCGAUUAAGCCCAGUCAUCGGAUCUACAGAGACUGGAGACCAGAUCGAUCUACGACCAGCGGACAGGAGCCUUUGGUACACGCACGACUUCGUUCCGGAGAAUGGUCAUAAGAUGGUGCCUUUUGAUACGGACAAUCUUCACGAGCUUAUCCUCGAGAAUGCUGAGGAUGGUCGUACCAACCCUUUCCAGCUAGCUUUCUGGAACUCAGGACAUCGGUACUUGAAGCGUAUUGAAACUAAGGAGCUGUACCGACCUGUCAAAGACUCUGACGGUCGCACACGAUGGGCAUUCUCUGCUCGCAAAGAUGACUUGACGAAGUUGGACUGGCUGGCGAAGUUCCAUGCCCAGGACAUUGAGAGCCGGAUUCUACAACACAAGGAGGUGCAGAACGUGGUGGUGGGUGGGGAGGGUCGUCCUACGCCGUACGUUAUUGUGCAAGUAAAGGAGGGAGCAUUGGAUGAGAAGAGCGAGGCGCGGCUGCUUGAUGAGCUGUAUGACAGCGUAAUUGCUGGCGCCAACAAGGACGAUAUCGACGAAAUCAGGAUUCCAAGGGAGACGGUUAUGGCCGCGACGAAAGAGAAACCACUCAAGGUUAAUCUCAAGCAAGUGGUGCAGAGGAGAGCUAUUGAACAAGACUACCUGGAGGAAAUUGAGCAAGCAUAUCUGCAGUUAGAGAGAGCCAGAGGGACCUAUACAAGCGAUCUUACAAGCAUAAUGUCCUACUCCAAGCGCAUCGACCAGAUUGAAGGCCAUCUCAACUACCCCAAGGGUAUGUUGGCUGGCCAAACUGCCAUCAUUACAGGUUCUGGACAGGGAAUUGGCGCUGAGGCUGCAAAGCUGUUUGCGAAAGAGGGUGCGAAGGUUGUAGUUGCUGAUGUAGAUGCUAAGAAAGCGGGCUCUGUAGCCGCAGAGAUCAACGAAUCUGGUGGCAGCGCCAUAGCUGUGGCAGGCGACGUGCUCGACGAUGCCUACGUCAAGAAGCUCAUCUCUGAAGCCGCUGAGUUUGGAGGCGGCAAGAUCCACAUCAUUGUGAACAAUGCCGGCUACACAUGGGACGGUGUGAUCCACAAGAUGACGGACAAGCAAUGGCACACUAUUGUCGACCUGCACGCGACAGCGCCGUUCAAGAUUGUGAGGGCUGCAGCACCGUACUUCAGGGUCAAGGACGGCGAGCCUAGGAACAUCAUCAACAUCUCAAGCACAAGUGGUGUAAAUGGCAACGCGGGACAGAUCAACUACGCGCUGGCCAAGGCAGGUGUUACUGGUAUGACCAAGACAAUUGCCAAAGAAUGGGGCCCUCAAUUCGGCGUGCGCGCAAACACGGUUGCUUUCGGUCAUAUUCAGACGCGCUUGACGGCGGCGAAGGAGGCUGGCGCCUUCAUCACAACACCCGACGGCGAGAAGGUAGCGCUGGGUAUACCACAGGCACAGAAGGCGGGUGCUGGUCAGGGCCAGGAGCACAUGGACAUUCCGCUGAGGAGACCUGGUACAGCGACCGAGGCGGCGAGUGCCGUGUUGGCCGUGGCGAGUCCGCUGUUCAGCUAUGUGAACGGAGAGACGAUCAAGCUCGCCAUGAGCGACGAGAAGCAUGGCUACGUCCGCGAGCCAUCACCACCGCCCAUCCCCACAUACGACGAGGCAACCUCGUCGCGCAAUGCCCCUGCGCGCCUGGGACCCAACGAGACCAGCGACGAUGCCGAGCGGCAAGGCCUGCUAAGCCCGCAUGUCCGCGUCCAGUCGGAUCCGCGCAGGCGCAAUGGAUACUACCAGGCUCCUUCAGUGCAGUCGGUAGACGACGAUGGCGACUCGGAUCUCGGGAGUCCGGUGCGGGAGAGCCAGGACGAGGACCUGCGCCAGACCAUGGAGGAGAUGGAUAUCCUGGACCCAGAGGCCGUCGAAGAAGGACGGGCGAGGCGGAACAGAUCACGAGGGAGGUUCUCGAAACGCUUCUACAGUAUCAGACAUUCACUUUCCAGUUGGAACCUGCCCCGGAUACCCUGGCCGAGCUGGCGUCCCAACUUCAGCGCCGUGACGGACCAUAUACCCACCAUACCAGAAGAGUACAAGCCAGGAUGGUCCAUCAUUGCCCGACUGUUCGGUCUCAUCUUGAUCAUAAUCCUCGUCUACUUUCUCGUCGUCAGCGAGGUGGUGCCCAUGGGCGGUGGAUUCGGCACCCCAUUCAACCCCGAAUGGGUACGGUCCACGGCCAUGGGGAGCGUCGAGAGCUGGAGAAUUGAGAAGAAUCUCGAGUACAUCACAAGCUACGACCACAUAGGCGGAACCGAGGGAAGUUACGUGCUGGGCCAGUGGAUCGAAGGCAAAUUCAAGGACGCACACAUGGAUACAUAUACCCAUGAUGAAUACUACGUAUACAUGAACUAUGCGACCAAGGGCGGCCGGAAAGUCGCCAUCGUGGAUCCACCGGACAAGAAAUGGGAAGCCAAACUCGAAGAACCGUCCGUCUUCAAUCCAGCCAAAGCCCAGACGCCCGCCUACCACGCUCUGUCCGCGAGCGGGAACGCUACCGGACCUCUGAUAUACGUCAACUACUGCGACAAGAAAGACUUCAAGCGGUUAUGGGAUAGCGAGGUGGACGUGCAAGGUGCAAUCGUGCUUUGCCGAUACUACGGCACACAACCCGACCUAGCCAUCAAAGUCAAAUAUGCCCAAGACGCUGGAGUCGCCGGUGUCUUGGUAUACUCGGAUCCAGCAGACGACGGCUUCAAAAAGGGAAAUCCCUGGCCGGAUGGCAAAUGGCGACCUGGUGACAGCGUGCAACGAGGCUCGGUUGCACAGACAAACAUGAUCAUGGGAGAUGUUCUUACGCCUGGACGGCCGAGUGUGAAGAAGGUGGAGCGUAUGCCGCGCGACAAGAACCCAGCAUUACCCAAGAUCCCAAGUCUACCACUUUCCUGGAAGGAUGCGCAGAAACUCCUCAAGUCGCUCAAAGGUUCAGGCGAGGAGCUGCCGGAUGAGUGGGUCGGCGGUGUGCCGGAUGUUGGCGACAAAUGGUUCUCUGGUCAUCCAAAGACUUCUCCAAAGGUGUUCCUGCAAAACGACCAGGAUGAGGUCGAACAACAGCGCAUCACCAACGUUUUCGGAUCUCUCAAGGGCAGCGAAGAUCCCGCUAGCAAGAUCGUAAUCGGAAACCACCGCGACUCCUGGUGCUUCGGUGCAGCAGACCCGGGCUCUGGCACGGCUGUUAUGCUCGAAGUCGUUCGUGUGCUAGGCGAGUUGCGUACUCAAGGGUGGCGACCCCUCCGCACUAUCGAGUUUGCUUCCUGGGACGCUGGUGAAUAUAACAGAAUCGGCUCCACAGAGCACGUUGAAGCCAACGUCCAAGCCCUUCGCGAUAGCGCUAUUGCCUAUCUCAAUGUCGAUGUGGGCGUGACAGGUGACAAACUCUGGGCAAACGGCUCCCCCAUCUUCCAACAUGCCUGGACGCGCGUGCUCGACCGACUGUCCGAUCCCCACGAAAACAAGACUCUAAAAGAACUCUGGGAGACCUCAGACUCCAAGAUCGGCAAUCUAGGGGCCGGAAGUGAUUACGUCGCCUUCCAGUCCAUCGUCGGUACCUCCUCGCUCGAUUUCGGCUUCACAACUAAACAAGGCCAAUCGAAUCCCAUCGCGCGCAGCUGCUACGAGACGCUCUCCUGGAUGCGCAAAUACAUCGACCCCUCCUUCUCCUACCAUGCGCUGCUCACGCAACUCUGGGUUCUCCUUAUCCUCGAGCUUGCCCAAGAGCCCAUCAUCCCUAUGAAGAUUGACGAUUAUGCCCGCUCUUUGCAAGAAGAGGGCCAAAAGCUGUUGGACUGGACUGAGAAGGUGAGCGGUGGUGGAGAGUACGACAUUGAGAUUUUCCAGCCUCUGGUAGACAGCCUUAGUAUGUUCAAGAAGAAGGCAGAGGCGUUUGGGCGUUGGGAACAAACUUGGUAUAACCAAGUCUACGCGACUGGUGGCUUUGAGAGCAGUGGUGUCACUAUACAAAGAGUCGCACACAACGGAAGAAUUGCGGGUUUUGAGACCGACUUGCUUGAUCUUGCAAGGGGCAAAGAUGACAAAGGGCCUCAUGGUCUCCCCAAUCGCGACCAAUACAAACAUGUCAUCUUCGCCCCCGAUCUUAACAACGGCCUGGAAGCCAGCGUCUUCCCUUUUGCACGCGAGGCAAUCGAGAAGAAAGACUGGGACGCCGCUGCCAAAGCGAUCAAAAAGACGGCUGAUAUAUUGAACCGCGCGAGCGACAGGCUCGGCUGA